UUGGGAUCCCAAAGUGUUGAACAGGUUAUAACUGUGUGUACACAAAACAGCAGGGAGCUCAGAGGUGGAGGAGGGACCUUGCUGUCUUUAUUGUGCUGUCAUAAUACCUGUGGAUCUAGGAUUGAACCCAGAGCCUGUUGUUAGGUGCACACCAGAAAGGCAAUCCCUGCCCCAAAGAGCUUACGGUCUUCGAGCGAGAGGAUGCCAUGGUUACAGACAAGGCAAUGAGAAAACAAUGAGACCUUGUUGAUCAGCUUGAUGGGGAGGGGUCUCGACCUAUCCACAGCCUCCCUCCGGUCAAAUUAUGCACGAGCGCAGAUUGAGGCAGUUUGCAGGGGGAUAAGAGGGGAGCAACCUCCCACAGAGAGAUGAGAGACAUGAAGCAUAUACUUUCUGCCUUCUCAUCGCACCCCAACAAGAGAACAGCGGAUUCGGACCCUUGGAAGCUGAACGCUCUCAAACUGCCAAGAUGGUCAUAAAUGCCUGCCUCCCACAGUUCAAGCCAAGGAUUCACUGCAACAAGAUCUCUGCCGACGGAUAUGAAGUGGAGAACCUCAUCUCUGAAGACCUGGCAAGGAGAAAUCGGGGCUUUCGCAGCGAAUAUUUUAUCAAACCUCCGGUCCACAUCACCAUCUCCUUUCCCUUCAACAUAGAGAUCUGCAGGAUUAACAUAGAUAUCUCGUCAGGAGGCUACCAAACCUUCACCGGGCUCGAUAUUUACACAUCUACCUCAGCCAAUAAGACCUCUUGGAACAGCCCUGAGGGUCAGCUCUCGCCUCUGGCCAGUCAGCCAGUGUCAGAUAAAGACGUGUUCACCCUGGUGGGGAAGGCCGUGCUCAAAAAUCAAAGCAGAGUGACUUUCAGCCACAGAGGCUUCAAGCUGAGGCCUCCCUUCCAUCAAAUGGAAGCUGGCUUCUCCUACCCAGGGUCUGCAUCUCAAGACCUAUGGAAUAAAGGCCCAGCCUCACUCAGCAACGUAUCACACUUAAAGAUUUGUAUCACCCACGUAGCGGGAGGUGGCCUGCCUUGCAUUAAGAGGCUGGAGGUCUGGGGCCAGCCAGCCAAGUCGUGCCCCCCGGAGUUGGUCGACGGUGUGUUCCAAGUGGCCUCUGGGUGCCACACUCAGGACUUUGGCGGCAUAAAGCCGGAGCCGUGGACACCAAUGGAAAGCGACUGUGUGCCCUUUAGCAACGCUGGCAGCGAGCAGCAGACUCUCCGGAAGCUGGUUGAUGUUAUUCAGGAUAUCCCUGAAGAGUUCCUGGACCCCAUCACUCUGGAGAUAAUGCCUUUCCCCAUGCUGCUGCCCUCGGGCAAGGUGAUCGACCAGAGCACCUUGGAGAAAUGCAACCGGAGCGAGGCCUCCUGGGGGAGGGUGCCCAGCGACCCCUUCACGGGAGUCGCCUUUAGCCAGCACUCCCAGCCCCUGCCUCACCCAACGCUGAAGGCAAGGAUAGACCACUUCCUCCUGCAGCACAGCAUCCCGGGCACCAACCUUCUCGGCAGGGCGCAGGACUCUGAAAUGGUCGCACCUUCUCCCCUCACAAUAUCUUCUCUGAAAAGGAAAAUGGACUGUAUGGAGCAAAGUCCCCAUGACGGCAGCCGCCUGCAACCUUCCUAUUUUUCUACUGCAAACUUACUAGUCACGUCUACCUCAGAGAGCAGUGCGAAAAAAAUGAAAACAGAGAGCGACUCGCACUCAGCCCAGAUGGACUGUUCAACAGAUCCGGUCUCCCACGAACAGAAACUGUCACAAAGCUUGGAUGCUGCCUUGAGCUCUGCCCUCAGCUCCAUGCCUUCCUUCACAGCCAGGUUAAUAAAGGGCCACCAGCAGCCCCAUAGCGAGGGGAGCUGCAGUACUUCGUGGACUACAAGUACUGCCCCAGAGCACGACAGGAGCAGCCAAGUCCACGCCUGUGCUUCCUGUGGUAAAACAUUUUCCACUUACUUCAAAACAGAGCCCGUCUACCAGCUUCCCUGCGGCCACCUCAUGUGUCGUCCAUGCUUAGCCGAGAAGCAGAAGUCCUUAUCGAUACUGUGCAUGAAUUGCAAAAGGUCAGUGGCCACCCACGAUGUGCUGAGGGUCCACUUCUAGCUCCUCUCUGUGGCUAUCGAAAGGUUGUGGCUGGAGAGCCCCCGGGAUGGCUCGGAGGGCGAGAUCAAGAGCCGCUGCUCUUCCACUUGUCCCUCUCGAUCAGUCCAAGGAUGUGGUCCUUUAAAGAGCUUGCCAGAUGGUCGCCCGUAAUCUGAAGCGGACCUGGUCUUCUUACGCUCACAGAGUAGCGGGGGGUUAGAGCAUCACACAGGAGCUAAGCGAUUACAAGGAUACUUAAGCCAUAGCUUCUUUAACAAGGAAAAUGUAUUUAUAUGAUCCUGACCUCCGCCCAGUCACGCGCCAUCCAUCUCUCACCAUUCCAACGGCUCAGUGCUUAGCAUAGGUGCCUUUCGGACUGUGUGUCUAGCUUCCCUGUGAUUUAAAACCAUUUUAAGUAUUUGACAAGCUGCCGUUCCGUCAUGGACUAGCAGAAGUCCUCGUGGUUGAGAGCACGUGAACUACCCAACUUCUCCCCUUCUCCGCACCCACACCCCACCGUGCCCGGUAGUCUCCCAGCUACGUGAAGAGCCCAUCGGUCACCCAUUCUGGAGACCAGUAGGCAGCGAAGAGGGGACGUGGUUAGUGCAUUAAGUAACUGGCAAUGAUCUCAUUCUGCUCAUGCAAACGGUGUAGAAAAGCCAUUGCAUUACACACAGUGUCAUUCUGUUUAUGUCGUACGACUGGACCAGCUCCCGUCCUGCUGAUAGACAUUUAAGCCUUAAUAAAAUUAUGGUUAAAGUCU